AUGGCCUCCUUAGCAACCGCCCCAUCGGUUCUUCGACAUGCAAUCCGCAUUCCCACAGGCUCGCUCCGAGCCCGUAUCCCAAAGAUAGGCACUACAACAAUCACCCUACCACGAAGUUAUGCAACAGCCGUUGAUCCCGCAACACACGUGCCCUCUGCCAAAUACAGUUCCCCCGCAGUUCACAAAAUGCUCGGACAAUCAAUCCUCAAAUGGCUCCCCGACGAAGAAGUAAAGUCUCGAAUCGAACUUGCAGCCGCCUACCGCCUCUUUGAACUCAAGAACUGGAACGAAAACAUCUACAACCACCUCACCGCAAAGGUCAAGGAAGAAGAUGGCAGCGACUCGUUCCUCAUCAACCCGUUCGGUCUCCGAUACGGAGAAGUCACGGCAUCAAGUCUGAUCAAAGUCGGCGCGGACGGCAAGAUCAAGGACCACGGUGUGACAGGAGACACGUUCGGUAUCAACGACGCCGGAUGGGUAAUCCACAGUGCCAUUCACCGCGCUCGGCCGGACGUGGCAAGCGUCAUGCACUGCCAUUAUCCCCCUGCGACAGGACUGGCGUGCACUAAGGAUGGACUGCUGGAGUUGGCGCAGACGACGCACCAGGCUGGCCCUGUUAGCUACCAUGACUACCAAGGUAUCGUGACGAACCGCGGGGAGCAGAAGAGUCUCGCUGAAGAUCUUGGCUCGACUGAUACCAUGAUUCUUCGGAAUCAUGGUGUCAUCACAGCUGCAGAGACAAUUAGUGCUGCUUGGUAUUUGAUGUAUGAAUUGCUGGCUGCUUCUGAGAUUCAAUCUCAUGCGUCGGCGUGUGCGCUUGGGGACAAGGGGAACCUGAUUCAGCCAGAGGAGAUCAAAAUUGAGAGAACUUGGAAUGCCACCCGAGAGAAAGGGUUUUCGGGGUCUAAGUUUGGACUGAAGGAGAUGUCUGCUUAUAUGAGGCUUUUGGAUCAGAAAGACCCUUCUUAUAGGAUCUGA